AUGGUAAUAUAUUUAUCAACUGGUGAUUCCCUGUCAACUAUUGGACACAGCUUUCGUGUUGGUUUUUCAACAGUUAGUAAAAUAAUUGUAGAAGUAUGUGAAGCUAUAAUCAAGAUAAUGGGACCAAUGUUUAUGCCUGAGCCUACUACAGCAAUUUGGGAAGCUUCGGCUCGCGGUUUUUACGAGAAAUGGCAAUUCCCAAAUUGUAUCGGUAGUGUUGAUGGAAAACACGUUACCAUCAAAUGUCCGGAUAAUAGUGAAUCUAGAAAUUUUUGUUAUCUUAAAAAAUUUUCAGUUGUUUUGAUGGCGAUUGUAGAUCCACAUUAUAAAUUUAUUUGUAUUGAUGUUAGAGGUUACGGACGAAAUUCUGAUGGAGGCAUUUUAGAAGAGUCUGUAAUGGGUAAACGGCUGGAAGCCGGGAAUUUAAACGUUCCAAAAAGUAUACCAUUACCUGGUCAAGAGGAAAAUAUCCCAAUGGUUCUUAUCGGAGAUGAAGCUUUUGCUUUAAAAAGUUAUUUAAUGAAACCAUUUCCACACCGAUUAUCAAGAAAUGACAUUAGACUAGAUACAUAUAAUUAUAGACUGUGCAGAGCAAGGCGGAACUUCUACAAUAGUGUGAUGGAACAGCUGGUAACAUAUUAA